AUUUUAGAGUUUUUUAUGUAAUUUAAAGUUAUAUGACAAUGGAUAGUUCUGUGAAUUCAUCUUGUAAAAGGAAACGUGAUGAAGAAGAUGAGACGAACAAUAUCAACAGAACUGAAAGUGAAGAGCAAGGAAAACUCAAACAGACUCAGUCAAACAAAUGUACUGUGAGGGAGGGUCAUUCCUGGUGGACCUGCUUAAUGAUGGACAUGCCAAUGAGCAUGACAAAGCCCCAGAAAGUCGAUCAGAAUUCACCACAGAAAUAACUCAAAGUCUGGAACAAUUGCUGUUACUUAUUUGAAUUUAUGUUAUUAUUUUUACUUUAACUGAAGAUAUGUAUAUACAUGAACUGCUGUGAUUUUCCCUCACAAAAUGUACUGUUUUUUAUUUUGUUAGUACAUUAGCAUUACUUCCCAGCAUGGAAAACACAAGGCUUUUAAACGUAUCAGUGUCUCUAUUAUGAAUGUAGUACAUAUUAAAACCAGUGAUAAAAAUAUUGAGCAAGUUGAUGAUUGCAAUUCAAUGAAUUGUGACAACAGUCCCAGUAAAGAACCUGGAGUCUCGCUGCCUUGUCCCCCUCUAAAACCUGAGGAUACAGACUGUUGUGGGUCAGGAUGUGUACCUUGUGUGUUUGAUAUCUAUGAACAGGAUUUAAAAAUAUGGAGAAAAGAAUGCAGAAAAAUAAAAGAAAACCAGAGAAAUGAAGAAAAUCUGUCUGAUGAUCAUUUGCUGACUGAUUCUGAGUAUAGGAAGUUUUGUAUCACAGAAAUCAGACAAGAAACAAAAAAUUGUUUUCGCUUUCGACUGAAAUUGCCAGAAUUUUCAUCCUUGGGCCUCAAAGUUGGACAGCAUAUCAUAAUUAGGGAUACAAACAAUGGUUCAGCAGUUAGUCGACAGUAUACCCCUAUAUCUGAUGUCAGUUGUUUGGGACAUUUUGAUCUCCUCAUCAAGAUUUAUGACCAUGGGAAAAUGAGUCACUGUGUCAGACAGUGGAGUGUUGGUAUGGGUAUUGAAGUCAGAGGGCCAUUUGGAAAUCUUCAGUAUUCUCCUAACAAGAACAGGAAGUUAUUUCUGUUGGCUGCUGGAACAGGCAUUGCUCCCAUGAGUCAAGUUAUCCAAUGCAUUCUGGGAAAUGAAGAGGAUGAUACAUUGAUACAGCUCUUCUAUGCCUGUAAAUCAUAUGAGGAAAUUCUUAUGAAGUCUGAACUGAAUGAAUGGUCAUCAUUCUGGAACUUUUCUGUCACCUAUGUAUUAAGUCAGGAGACAGGAAAUGGAGGGUCUUACAGGUAUGGGGAUCAAGUCUGUGAAGGUAGAAUGGAUUUGGAUUUUCUCACCAAAAAUGUGUCACCCUCUGACAUUAACUCAGGAACUUUUGUCUUGGUCUGUGGGACAAAAUCUUUUGACAAUGACAUGAUUGAGCAUUGUAAACUUCUCAGUUUUAAAGAAACUCAGAUACAUAGAUUUUGAAAACAAAGUUGACAAAUAUGCUUCACAUAUUCAUAGUUUGCUGUGUUUUAAAAAUUAAAA